AUGCGUACGACAAAUCCAACACCUCCAGCUUCCCGUGAUGGAACCUUUUCACCACGAAUUACGAGUGUGCCAUCACCAGCUGCCUCACGUCCCUCUUCCUGGACUUUGUUUAUCGAUCGGUUUGGUGGAGGCUGUCCUGGCGUUGUAGGUGCAGAGCAUGAGACAGUCUCUAGCGCGAGUCGUCAACGUGUCUUUUUGGUCCGAAAUCCAUGGCGUCCUGCACAACUUGACACUGGUCUUGAUGAUCCGACGGCGAAAUUUUUCGAAGAUGCUAUGCGCGAGCGUGAUUCCAUGCAACUCUUUGGCGCAUACAUGGGAGAGAAGAAUGCUUGGCGGAGUAAAUUUAUUCCUUGGCUGCACAGUAUGAAUCUUGUUGAUGAAUCAGCAUUGGCUGAUAUUCGGUUACUAGUUCAUAAGGUGUAA